AGGGGUCUUUCAAGCCCUCUAUGAUAUAUUUUCUCUACUAUUAAUCUUAAGUUGGUAUCAGAGUAGGAUGAUCUCGCUCUGCUGGUCUCUGUCUUCUCUCGCUUUUUUUUCAUUAUCAUACACCAUUCGCCACUGAGUCUUUUUCCAAAAACAGUUGCAAGUCUUAAAAGAUCUAAGAGAACCCAAUAAUUUGGGUUCUAUAGACUGCCAUAGUAAGGCACAAAGCUGAAAAUCAAUUUUCUUUCAUUGUUCAAAUUGGUCAAAAGGUACAUUACUUCCAUCCUGUUCAAGGUGAUCAUGGUAACCUUGGCCAAGGAACCACAUUUCAACCGAGGCAGACCAUGAGAUAAUUCUUCCCAUUCAACUUUUCAGAGGUAAUGGUAGGAGUUCUAGAGAAGGAGACAAUAGGUGUAGUGGACAUUUUAGUUGGAGUCUGAGGAAACCAGCAGAGGCAACAAACUGGUAAAUAAGAGAAGUAAAAUGGAAAACCCUAUUAAACGUGUUAACCAUGCUGAAAAAAGACAACCAGGGACAAUAAUGACGAUUAGGUUUGGCAAGCCCUGACAAGGAGGCGUGACGUCGCUUUGGUGAGAGGAAGGCGAAAUGUGGACUUCAUGCACCUAGCAACAACAAAGAGAACAGGGUGUGUGGCUGUGCAUGGAGCAGAGAAAACGGUGUUCGUUGGUUGUUGCUCAAGGAGACGGUCUAGAUUUGGUGGUCAUCAGAUAAAAUUGAGAUGAUGACCGGUUGUGAAUGACAAACGAUGGCAAAAAUUGUGUCUGAGAAGACUUAGGUCAGUAAAUUGGGAUCUACCUGCUCUAAUAUCAACUUAAGAUUAAUAAGAGACAAUAUAUUUUUGAAGGCUUGAAACACCACUCUGAUGAUCUCAUAUUUAUAAUGAUGGAAAUUUGAUAUAACGGGAAGAUAAAAGAUCGAAAGGCUGAACUAGAAACCUAGGUACAUAACUAGGUACAACUCAUAGGUACAACAAUAGUAGUUCCCUACACAACUACUUUCAACCCAAUUUUAAUACUUAUUCUAGCACCUACCAAUAUAGGACCCAAGUGCCUAGUCCAGUUCUCUUAGAUGAAUCCGCUACAUUGAGUUAUUUUCCAUUGUCACUCAAUACCACGACUCCAAUGAUGGUGAUUCGGGUUGACCAAUUGCUCUCUGAAAAGGUACUUGUUCUAUCCCAAACCCACAUCCUAUUUAUAAUUCUCUUAGUUAUCACACGCUGUCACCUUCUUAUUAUUUCUUCUAUCCUUAGUGUCUUCUAUUACUAUUCCCAAAAAUUUGAAUGUAGCACUUGAUCAUCUUGGAUAGCAACAAGUCAUGAUAAAAGAAAUGCAGGCUCUUGACUUGAAUAAUACAUGGGAGUUUGUUUUCCUUCCACUUUGGAAAAAGGCAAUUGGAUGUCGAUGGGUGUUUGCCAUUAAAGUUGAUCUCAAUGGUGAAGUUGAUCGUCUCAAGGCAUGAUUCGUUGCCAAAAGGUAACAGAGAACUUGGAGGCACUCGUGAUCUCAUAAAUCAAUAUAGACUUUGGCCUUACUAUGAAUUCUUUUGCAAGAAGCCACUUCCGGUGUCAAUCUCCGAGACACAUUAUCUUCACAAUGUGGUUGGUGACACAAAAGUCAGGAAAGGAGAAGGAAUGGAACUGGAUCAGCUCUGUCAGAACCCUCAACCAAGUGAGAAAAAAACUUCCUUAAGUCCUUUUGACUUGGAUGUACUAAGUGAAGCUUUCCACAUGAGGGAAAUGAGUCCAUUCCACCUUUCUUCUAAGGGGCUUCUAAAUGCAGUGCUCAAGUCAGAGAACCAGUCUAGAGAUCAUGAGAAGAAGAAAAAAAAGGUCAAUGAUAAGGGUGAAAACUGCAAGAAGCAGAAGCACAGACUACAUCGAGUAAAUAAUGGAAGUUGUAUAGAAAACAUCAGAGUCAAACCCCAUGAUCCUCAUCCCUUGCAGUUGAAGAACCAUCAAAACAAGAAAAGGAAGACAGAUUCAAGCAAAGAUCCUUCUGCAUCCAAGAGAUAACAAUACUAUAAAGAGAAGCAGAAUUUGACUGUUUUUUCUGUGAAACAUGUGAUCAAUUCAGAAGCUGACAGUAAAACUCUAUUUUGUCACAUUUAACAUUUUCUGUUCUCUUCUUCAUGCUUUAAUUUCAACUAUGGGUCGUUCUGUGCA